AUGGAGUCCGUGGAUCUAGUGGUUGUAGGCGCAGGCUGGAGCGGGCUCUCCGCGGUCAAGACCUACCGCGAGGUCAACCCCGGCCACAAUGUGCUCUUACUGGAAGCUGCCAGCUCUGUUGGCGGAGUAUGGGCUAAACACCGUCUAUACAAAGGCCUCAAAUCGAACAAUAUGCUGGGCACAUAUGAGUAUAGUGACUUCCCAAUGGACGAAGCGACAUUCGGCAUCAAGCCUGGACAACAUAUUCCAGGCCAUGUAAUUCAGAAAUACAUGGAGGCUUAUAUACAACACUUUAAAUUUGCCGAUUGCGUUCGACUGGAACACCAUGUCGAAAGCGCGCGACACAAUCUGGACGGAACAUGGCAGUUGAGUGUGUCGCACGGAACAGAUACGACAACAAUCGAUACGAAGAAGAUGAUCGUCGCCACCGGUAUCACCUCGCAGGCAUAUCUGCCUAGCUUCGAAGGCGAGAAGUCUUUUGAUGCACCCCUGUUCCACUGUCGGGAUCUGCUGCAGCAUCAAGAUGCUGUACUGCAAUCUGGAGAGCGUGCGACCGUUUUCGGCGGUACCAAGUCUGCUUGGGAUGCGGCUUAUGCCUGCGCAACGACAGGUAUGAAGGUAGACUGGAUCAUUCGUGAGUCCGGUCAUGGACCUUGUUGGAUGGCGCCUCCCUAUGUGACGCCCUUGAAAAAGUGGCUGGAAAAGCUGGUCACAACACGUCUGCUGACUUGGUUCAGUCCGUGUAUCUGGGGAGAGGCGGAUGGGUAUUCCGGCGUUCGCAAUUUCUUGCAUGGUACAUGGCUGGGUCGUAAGAUCGUGGAUGCGUUCUGGGGUAUCCUGGCAGAUGAUGUUGUGCAGCUGAACGGAUACGACAAGGACCCGGAGAUGAAGAAGUUGAAGCCCUGGGUAGGCCCAUUCUGGAUCGCUUCCUCACUCAGCAUUCUGAACUAUCCGACCGAUUUCUUUGAUUUGGUCAGGGAUGGCACUAUCAAGGUGCACGUCGCUGAUAUCGAGCGUCUCUCGGAUCACACUGUUCAUCUAUCAUCGGGUGAGGCGCUGCCAUCUUCAGCGCUGAUAUGCUCGACAGGCUGGCGUUGCACUCCAAACCUCAAGUUCCUGCCCGAAGGCAUCGACCGCGAGUUGGGAUUCCCCUGGAGUGUGGAUCCUUUGAACGAAAAGUUGGUGAAAGCAGCAGAUGAAGAGAUCCUGCGCCGCUUCCCCCGACUGCGUGAUCAACCAAAGCCAAACCCUCUCUACACCCCGUUAAACUCACAGUCCGAGGCGGCUGUACCCCACCCCUUCCGACUAGCGAAAUUCAUGGUUCCACUUUCGCUGGUAAACGAACGCUCUCUGGCUUUCAUGGGUAUCACCAUGACCAUCAACACAACCCUGAUUGCUCAAACCCAGGCACUGUGGAUCUCAGCUUACUUCAAGGGUGAUCUGACCCCGACUACACGCGAAAGCUGUCCACUCGCUGUGCGUGGUGCAUCUGACCUCAAGACGGAAGAUGUCUCAGAAAUCGAUCUUGCCUGGGAGACAGCUCUGUUUACUGAAUUUGGCAAAUAUCGCUACCCGGGAGGAUUCGGGCGACGGAACCCUGACUUUGUGUUUGAUGCGAUCCCAUAUGUUGAUCUGAUGCUGGGAGAACUGGGUCUGUCAACACGGCGCAAGCAGGGCUUGGUGGCCCGGUGCUUGCAGCCAUAUGGUCCUGAGGAUUAUCGGGGUCUGGUCGAUGAGUGGAAAUCUAAGCACAGGACUCAGUAA